UGUGUGUUCGUGUUUAGUGUCCAGGUGUGGCAUGGAGCUUGUUGUUGGUGUCUCUGUGUGAAGAAACUGAAUCCUGCACUGGCUGAGGGAAACAGGAUGGACUCGUACUACAAGGAGAGACCCACAUCACCAUGUCUUUCUCUGAAGAGUAAUAAGUCAAGGUCCCCACCACCAGAUUUAAGCUCAGGGCAAACCACAAGGGUCAGGAAUCCUGCACUGGCUGAGGGAAACAGGAUGGACUCGUACUACAAGGAGAGACCCACAUCACCAUGUCUUUCUCUGAAGAGUAAUAAGUCAAGGUCCCCACCACCAGAUUUAAGCUCAGGGCAAACCACAAGGGUCAGGAAUGUGAGCCCAGUCAGAACAGCAUUCCCUGUUAGUGGGCUACGGACAGAAAUAAAAGAAAAUUACCUCAGACUACCACUGCUGAUUGAAGACUGGACUAAAGAACAUAUAAGGAGCAGCAACAGAGAAUGCGGUGACCCCUCUGAGCUUCCUCUUGGACCUGGGUACCUCCAGGAGCAGCAUGUCAGCUGACCUGAGAAACCUGGGGGAUGAGUAAGGAUGAAGCUCAGAGAGGUAAGUUGGGGCAAGACCAUUUAAACAUUUAAAAACAAACAGGAAUUUUAAC